AUGAGCUACUGCAGUCCUGCCAGCAGUAGUUUCUUGAACUACAUCGACGAGAGUCAAUUGUUUUCAGCAAUAGGUGGUAUCACCUUCAUUACUUUAACAAUUUUCUGGUAUAUUUUGAGAUCCUACACUUUCUUUGAUAAACACCACAUUACUGCAAGAGCGGUAAGACCGAAAGCGCCCUUUGGAAACAUAAAGGAAGUAAUUAAUCAAAAUACGUCCCUGUACAUUUACCUAUGGAAGUAUUACAACAAAUUCAAGAGGCAAGGCAACAAGUUUGGAGGAUUCUUCUUGUUUUUGAAACCUGGUAUAUUGUUAGUUCAUCCGGCAUUGACCUACAAAAUUCUCACCGAUAAAAAAUUGUUCGAAGAUGUGUCUAGGAAAAAUCAGUUAGAGCUAGAGGAUUCCAAAAAAAUCUCCAAAAUGUUUGACAAACAUGCUCUCGAAAAUUUAAUUCUCAAAUUCGAAAAUCUCAAGAGCCAAUUUAUACAGAACAUUGGGAGUGAUAAUGAUCCAUCUUGGUGUAUUUAUAAUUUCCUGGUUGAAACCAGUUGUACUGCCUUCGGUUUCAAGUUUGAAAAAAAUUUGAAGAGUAUAGUAGACAGAAUGGUUGAAGAAAAAACGAGUUCGAAUUUGAGUCACUAUUUUCAUCUAGUUUACCCUUAUUUUGUGAGAAAGCAGACCUAUAAAGAACUGAAAAUUUAUGUUCAGGCAGUCAUAGAUUCUAGAAAGAAAAAUGAUACAAGAGAAUAUGACGUGAUACAAAAUUACAUCGAUUUUUUGAAUGAAGAUGUACCUCCCGAUGCAGAAAAAUUAAUUAUUGAAGAAAUACUGGAUAUUUUCAUUGAUAAUAUUCACCAAACAUAUUCAGCAGUAUCAUUCUGUCUGUAUGAACUAGCAUCUAAUUGUGAAAUUCAACUGGAUUUGAUUGGAGAAAUUAGAAGAUUCAACAAAGCUAAUAUCCCCAUCAAUUUGAGUAAUUCACACCAGCUAAUUUAUUUAGAAGCAAUUGUAAAAGAAACACUGAGAAAAUACCCACCGAUUCCACUAGUUACAAAAAGACCGAAAAGGGACUAUAUUAAUGCCGAAUUCGAUCUGAAAUUACCAAAAAGUUGUCUAGUUUUCACAUCGAUAUUUGGGAUACAUCACGACCCCAGUAGUUACUUGGAUCCAGAGUCGUUUGAUCCCGAUCGAUUUUUUGAGGACAAUGUCAAGUUUUUGAAGCCCAAUACUUAUAUUCCUUUUGGGGUGGAUUACAGGAAGAAUAUAGGUUUUUCGAUGACCCUGUUACAUAUCAAAUUAUGUAUAUUCACCAUCUUGUCUUCAUUCAAAGUUAGCCUUACUGACGAGAGGAAAACAGUGAAAUUUGACACUAAGAAGUUGACAACAUUUCCAAAGGAACCAUUACCUCUGAAAUUCGAAGAAAUAAAAUGA